UUCUAUUAUCUAUUCAUUAUAGGGAUGUCAUCAUUCUACAACAUUCUUGAUCUGUCAAAUCUGAGUUGUGUGAGAUAUUGAGGAUGCUCUUUGUCUUUAAAAAAUUAUCUGCCUGUUUCAAGUAGCAUUUAAAAAUCUCACUUACUCAUUUGAGCAAGUUUUCACUUUUCACUUUAACGCACCUCGGCUAGAAAUUCAGGGUGAUGCAACUUUUUGAUUAAACACAUACAGUUAGCAUCAUACUAAACUAGUAGAAGUCAGUAUCUGCAAUUGUUUUGGAUAAUUUUACUCAAACCUGUGUAAUGUGUAUUAUGUAUAUAGCGUAAAUAAGACGCAGCCGAUGCAGGUUCAAAUUGACAACUGCGUGACUAUCAACAUUAUUUUUUUUUUAAUAAAAAAAAUGAAGUUUGCAUUUACGUGAUAGUACAAAACUAUAGAUUCUAUUUCUUCUAGAUAUUUAACAGAAAACACACCAAAAUGUCAAAUUAUUGUGAAAUUUGUGAGAUGGUCUUUGUGAAUGAAAGUGCUUUGGUUGGGCACCAAAAUGGGAAAAAACACAAACGAGCUGCUUCUCGAGUAAAUCUAUUCAAAGAUAUUGCAGAGCGGUCCAUUUUCAUUACUGGUUUUCCUACAUAUAUGCACAGAGAAGAGUUUCUUGCUUUUUUGAGUCAAUAUGGAAAAAUUUACAAACAUUUUUGGUAUCCCAAACAUGUAAUUGUGGAAUUUGAAAGGAAAGAGCCAGUUAUUGCAUUACUGAAACAACCUGUGUUUUUUUCCAAUGUAAAACUUAAAAUUAAACCUAGAACUAUGCCUAAAACUUUUGAAAAAAAAGUAGAGAAACCUGUACCUGCUAUCAAUGACACACAAGAUUUGAUAUUUGAAAAUAUAAAAUCAAUUUUCGAUGGUGUACCAAAUUUUGAUGAAAGUUUAAGAGCUUUUAUAAAUGAAGUUGCAAUGACUCAACAAGAUUUAGAAACACGCUAUGAACCUACAAUUAUACAGUUAACUGACAUUUUCCGUCAACAAUUUCCUCAUUGUAUUAUACAUAGAUUUGGUUCAUCUGUAUCUGGUCUUGGUUUUAAAAAUUGUGACUUGGAUAUAUUCUUGGAUACUGGUUUAAGAUUAGUACAUGAAAAAGAUGAAUGUCAAGAUCCAAAUAGUAUUACUCCUACAACUGUUUUUGCAGAAGUUAAAAGAAAACUCUAUGGCAAACGAAAUUUGUUUACCAAAGUUGUACCGAUUCCCAAAGCAAAAACUCCUAUCAUAAAAUGUAUCUACAUACCUUCACAUAUAUCAUGUGAUAUUUCUUUUAAAAAUAGUUUGGCUGUAUACAAUAGCAAAAUGAUGCGCUAUUAUCUCUCAUUGGAUCCUCGGUUACAGCCUACAAUGAUGGUUAUCAAAUACUGGCUCAGUAAUUUGGAAAUCAAGAAUGGUGAUAGAAUGUCAAAGUAUGCCUUGAUGUUAUUAUUUUUAUUUUAUCUUCAACAACCUACUGUUAAAAUAGUCCCACCUAUCUAUGACUUGAAAAAAAAUUGUAUACCAGAAGUAGUAGAAGGAUGGCAAGUUAAUUAUGAAGAAUUGAGCACGCCAUUUGAGCAACCAGAAAUAAGUAAAACUAAAAGUAUUCCACAACUAUUACAAGGAUUUUUCGAAUUCUACAAAGAAUAUGAUUUUAAAAACAAUAUUGUCUGCCCUUUGGAUGGGCAAUCACAUCUCAAAUCAGAAUUUCAAGAAAUUGACCAAUUACCAGAGUGUAUGGAUAGAUAUAAAAGUUAUAUUAAAAAUAGCGAAAAUCCUGUGGUUUUUCCAACAACUACAUGUAUGUGUGUGCAAGAUCCAAAUGAAUUAAACCACAGUGUUACAGCAGGUGUAUCUUAUAAAUAUUUACAAAAUUUCCAAAGUAAUUGUGACUUGGCAUCAAUAGUUUGUGCAAAAGAAUCUGAAAAUAACUAUAAAGAUCUUCUUCCAAAUCUUUUUACAGCAAUAGUUAAACCUAAACAAAAUUCUAGGCACGUUAAGAAAUAUACUUUUGUUGUUUAUGCUAAAAAAUUAUUGAAAGCUGGACUACCUAAAGAUUUGGAUUCUAGAACUGAUAUUAAAGAUAAAUCAUCAUUCAUGAACGAUCAUUGGUUCAACUUAAUAACAAGAUUUACAGAAAUAUAUUUAGAAAAAGUUUUGAGAUUUAAUGUUCGAAUGACUCAUGUAGCUAAAGAUACAAAGCAACAGAAAGUUGAUGACCAAUCAGAUGUUCACUCCAAUGACAUGAAAAAAGUUGUUUUCCAUUGCCUAGGUGAACAAAUUUUGUGGACAAAUCGUAAAAAUUCUCAAGCAGUUCUCGAUCCUUCUAUAAGUGGUCUUGCAAAGGAAAUCGAUGUUACAAAUCGAAUUAUUAAUGAUGUAGAGUCAAGUGAAAAAUUCCCGAAAAUUAACAUGGAUUUUGAAUGUCACAUUAUACAAAAAAAGGGGCCGAAUGUCCACGUAAAUUUUUCUUUAGUUAAUAAUAAUUGCCCUCAAAAUGUAUACUCAGACUUGGUUUGUCAUCUACAAAAUCGCAUGAUAAAUGUGUUUCGAAAAACAGCAACACAUAUGAUACAGUAUGGGAAAACAAACUUGAAUGCUUAAUUGAAAUGUAACAAUUUAUGUAAAUACGAGAAUUAAAUAUGACUUACGUAAUAAUGAUAUUGCGAUAUUUUUAGUAUUCGUUUCAACUUUAUCAUCUUUAUCUAUCUUUGUUAUUGUUAAUAGUUUGUUGAGUGUCAUCAACGUAUAGAUAAUCGUUUCCAUGUAUAUAAAUGUAUUUUCAGUUACAUUUUGAAUGCUAGAUCAUUUAAGUAAUAUAAAUGAAUUGAUAAUCUGUUGCAAUUUUAUCAUUUGUAUAUAUGCAAA